AUGGACCAGGCCUCUGCACGGGGGGCUGCUCAUGGACCAGGCCUCUGCACAGGGGGCUGCUCAUGGACCAGGCCUCUGCACAGGGGGCUGCUCAUGGACCAGGCCUCUGCACAGGGGGCUGCUCAUGGACCAGGCCUCUGCACAGGGGGCUGCUCAUGGACCAGGCCUCUGCACAGGGGGCUGCUCAUGGACCAGGCCUCUGCACAGGGGGCUGCUCAUGGACCAGGCCUCUGCACAGGGGGCUGCUCAUGGACCAGGCCUCUGCACAGGGGGCUGCUCAUGGACCAGGACGGCUGCUUCAUGUGGUCCACUCCCAUCUCAUCUUAA